AUGGCUGACAUUCUGAAGAACGUGCUCGGCGGCAAGCAAGCUGCGGCUGGGGCCAAGGCCGAUUCCGACUUUGCCGAUUUCGCCUCUGCUGCCGACCCGGCCCCCGCUGCCGGCGCGACUCUCGGCGGUGCGACUCCCCUCGCAACCGGUCGGCCCUACACCAAGUGGUACAAUAUCCAUGAGCGUCAUUCCCUGUCCGAGUUCAAGGUCGAGGGCGUGAUUUUGCUCGUAACGGCCUUGAUCUUCAUCUUCCACUUCUUCGGCGCCAGCUCCAACCGCACCAAGGCCAAGAAAUGGAUGCGCUCUCACGCCGCCGCCCUGCAGAACGAGUUUGCCCUCGUCGGCUUUGGCCGCGCGCCCACCGUUGACACCGUCGUCAACCCCGACACUUUUCUCAAGGAGAAGUCGCUCUUCGAGUUUGCCAGCUAUGCGACCGGCCGCAAGAACAUUGCCUUUUUGGACGUCAAGAUCACCCUCACUAAAAAGUUCAACCCGAUUGUGUACCUGUUUGAGACGGUCAGCAGCUUCCUCGUUGAAUCUCUUGGCCCCGCGCCCGAGGAUGUUGCCGAGGUGCUCAUUUACCCCUUUGACGGCAAGGAGAGCCUGACGGUGCCUAGACGCCGCGGAGCCGAGGAGAGCGAGUCUGUGGUCGACACCAAGAGCCAGUUUGACGGCUUCGUCUGGGCCGUGGUCAACAAGACGCGCAUGCAGCGUCUCCGUGACCAGCGAUACGACGUCUCCCUGACGGUCACCAAGGACAACUCCAAGCUGCCUGAGUGGUUGACGGUCAUGAGCGAGAGCGCCGAGAUCACCGACACCUUCCUGACGGCCGACCUCAUCGCCGCCAUCGUCGCGCUCGGCGACAACUUCCAGUACCUCGUUGCCUCGGAUCAGCCGACCGACAGCCCGACGACGCUCGACGAGACGACGCCCCGCAAGCGCCUGCACCUCAAGUACAGCCUGCCCAGCGACGGCGUCUACGACGCGUACGUGCCGCUCUUUGCGUACCUGCUGCGCAUGCCCGACCAGCUCGUCGCCCAGGCGCACUUCCGGCCCGAGGUGCUCAAGAAGCUGCGCGGCCCGCGCGAGCAAAAGAUCAACCAGAUCAAGAAGGUGGCCGAAGAGGAGCGCGCCGAGGAGCGCGCCGCCGAGAAGGAAAAGGCCAAGAAGGCCAAGCGCGACGCCGAGCUCAAGGGCUUGGACGCCAAGGCCCAGAAGAAGUACCUCGAGAAGGAGCAGGCCAAGGAGCAGCGCAAGGCCCAGAAGAAGAUGACUAUGCGAUGA